GGCCUCUUGACCUUAAACUUCAACUCUCUUCCUCUAGACUCCUCGACAGACAUCUAGGACGCACACGAACACGCUCUGUAGCACUGACAUGUAUUUCUACGCGUCUCUUUCCUUCAUCUCACUCGUUGCCUCUGUAAAUAGCGCGUAUACUCCCGUCCGUCGCGCCGAUCUCGUUCACGCGCGUGGCGAUCUCGUCUAUCUCCAUCGUCUUCACAAUCGCGGCCAUCCUAAUCCCUCUCGUCACGCUCAGAAUGGUACUAAGCUCGAUUCGCACCACGCCACAACUCAUGCUCGUCCUGCUACUGCUGUGAAACAUAACGCGACAUCUGCUGGUGCCGACGUCGCCCAACUCCAUCGUUUCCACAAUCGUGCUCACGCCCCUCCCUCUGGUCACGUUCAGAAUGUUACGAAGCUUGAUACGCACGAUGCCACAAUUACCGCUCGUCCUGCUGGUGUGAAACAUAACGCGACGUCUGCACAUGUUCCUCCUCCUUUGCCUACCCACGUGCAAAAUGCUCAUAGUAAGCCUACUUUGAGCAAACGACACGCUCUGCUGCAAGGAUUUGGCUUGGGAAUGGGUCUCAUGAGGAAGUCGAUUACUAGGGACGGUCCUGACUUAGACGCCAUUAUCGCAACUUUGACCCUUCAGCGCAAUGAUAUUAUGAGGAAUGGGGACGCUAUGAAUACUUACGCAGAACAAUCGCGCUCCCCUGGGUUCAUUGCGACCAAAGUAUUUCAGACUGGAACCGCUGGGUGUCUAGGCGACUUGCAAGCCACGGUCACUUUAUUCACUGGCACUUUCAAAUCCCUCGGCAGUAAGAAAGGUCUUGCGAAUUAUGAUCGUGGUAACGUCUUGGAGACAAUCCUCAAGGAUGUCGUCAACGCGCUUAAAAAGACUCUCGAGUCGAUUGACACCUUGAUUUACAAGAUCCCUGCCCUUGGUCCCAUAUUAGGCCCUAUUGUUUAUGAGCUAAAAUGUCUCAUCGAUGACCUCUUGAAUGCAAUCGAGAAUCUCGCUGACCUUGCCAUUAAUUUGCGCAGCACUGCCAAUCUUCUCGACCCUCUGGCGACAGACUACGCGAGCACAUGCUGUUCCAUUCUUUCUCUGAGUGCAAAUUGCAUUCUAUCAUCGCUCUUUCCCUGAGGACCAUGAUGAACUUUAUCAUUCGUGCAUUCCGAGCAGAAACCCACCUGUACCACUUACCCUUACAUGCCACAAAAGUACAUUCUAGACUUACGGACUUCUACUUUUUCUUACUGUACGGUACAGAGUACCAAUGAUUCCUAAUGCAUUUGUUGUCCG